AUGGACCUUGACAGCGCUAUAAGGCAACAAUUAGACCUCUACCAAACUCUCGAUAUCCAAAUCAAAGCUCCAGAUGAUUUAUCUAAAGUAACAUCGCUCCAAAUCAGGCGGAAAUUUAGGCAGAAAGCGCUUAGGUAUCAUCCCGACAAGAACCCAGAUAGUCCUGAUGCCGCUUCGAAAUUCCAACUGCUGGAUGAGACAGUUAAACUUUUGGAGAACGCGACAACAAGAAAGGUCUACGACUCUUGGUAUUAUGAAAACUUCUUGAAACGGCGCGAGAUCAAUAUAAAUACGGAGCUGCAGAGAAAGAGGCUGCAAUCCAGGGAACGAGCUGCCGUUUCACAGCCUUACCAAAGUAUCAACUUGUCAGAAUACGAGAAAUAUGGUAACACGCUGCGAAAGAUGAAACACUUCAAGAUUCCCUACGGUGACUGGCGCCAUAUCGAGAAGAAUCCAAGUACCCUGAAACACAAACUACAAGAUUCGUGCACACUUCGUUUGGAGCUUUCGAACAACAAGCUUCUACAGAGCAAAGACCAACUUCGAGAUCUGGUGAGCAAUCAAUUUCAAGCAGCGAUUUUCGACCUCUAUUACUCAUCGCGGAACGACUACGAAAACGAUAGUACCAUCGUUUCGUAUGUGAUUUUUGAAACGAUUGAGGAUACGCUACGAAUCUUAGAGAACUGGAAUACCAGGCACAACUCUCUGUUAUUGCAGAGCGCCCUGGGAAAAUACCUGGAAGAUAUUUCACCAAAAGUAGAUCCAUCCAUAUUUACCUUCGAUCGAGAGGUCGAGCUACUGCCUGAAAUACAGCAACGGCUUGCCAACGAUACCAUUCAGCUUGACUGA